AUAAUUAAAAGCCCAUUCACAACUUCAGAAAAACAAAAACAAUUUGAUUGAUCCAACACGUUCUUCUCACUUUCACUUCUCUCUCUCUCUCUCUCUCUCUCUCUCUCUCUCUCUCGAUUGAUCAUUUUCCAUUCUCGAUCUCCGAUCAGCAACUUCAGGUAUUUUAAUAAGUAGAAGAGAGAAAAAGGAGAAGAAAAAAUGUCGGGGCAAUCACAGCGUUUGAAUGUGGUCCCCACAGUGACAAUGCUUGGUGUUGUGAAAGCACGUUUGGUUGGUGCAACAAGAGGUCAUGCACUUCUGAAGAAGAAAAGUGAUGCUUUAACUGUUCAGUUUCGUCAGAUCCUGAAAAAGAUUGUUUCAACAAAGGAAUCAAUGGGUGAUAUCAUGAAAACAUCUUCAUUUGCGUUAACUGAGGCUAAGUAUGUAGCUGGUGAUAACAUCAAGCAUGUUGUGCUUGAGAAUGUUAAGGAAGCUUCACUUAGGGUGCGUUCUCGUACUGAGAAUGUAGCUGGAGUGAAGCUUCCAAAAUUUGAGUAUUCUGCUGAUGGUGAGGCAUCGAAGAAUGACCUUACCGGGUUGGCUAGAGGUGGUCAGCAGGUGCAGCAGUGUCGUGUUGCUUAUAUUAAGGCAAUUGAGGUUCUUGUUGAGCUUGCUUCUCUUCAGACCUCUUUCCUUACCCUUGAUGAUGCUAUUAAGACUACUAACCGUAGGGUUAAUGCUCUUGAGAAUGUUGUUAAGCCGCGGUUGGAGAAUACUAUUAGUUACAUUAAGGGUGAGUUGGACGAGCUUGAGAGAGAGGAUUUCUUUAGGUUGAAGAAGAUUCAGGGUUAUAAGAGGAGGGAAAUUGAAAGGAAGAUGGUGCUUGCUAGGGAACAACAGGCUGUUGAAAAGUUACAAUUGCUGAAAGGGGUUUCGUAUGAAUCCACAAAUUUGUUGGCUGGUACAACCGGUAAAGACGAGGAUAUCCUUUUCUAAAUAUAAAUAUAGAGAGAGAUGUGUUCUUGCUCCUUCUUUGAGGGGGUGGCUGGCUAUGUCUCGGUGUUGCUGCUGUUUCUUCUUGCAGGGUGAGACUUCUGCACAAUUUGUUUAGAUGAGACAUUGUUCUGUAUCAUGAAUAAAGGUGCUUAAUAUGUGUUUAUUUAUUUCUUUGUUAUUUUAAGGACAUAAAUUUUUAUCAUGUUCAGAGGCAUUGAGACAAUCUUCAUUUGAAAUUAUGGUUCUUAUCUGGUCUUGUGAAUGAUUUAAGUUGUAAUUUGCUAUAGUUUUCCUUUCAAAAUGUAUUAAAUCUCCAUAGAACAUAUGACUGUAGCAGGAGUUAUGGGACAUGUUGAAUAAAGAAAUUUAAAUGUAGGGCUUUAUCCCUA